ACCCUGUCUAGUCCCUUCUUUCUUCCCUUUUGCUUACACGUCGACGGGGGCGUUUCAGUAUUUACAAACGAGAACGGAGGGUACGCUACGCUCCCUGAGCCGCGCUCUUCAAUGUCUCUCGAUUGAAUUCUUAUGGACCCUAGUGGCCGAAAUUUGAAGAUUUUGCACCGGCGAAGAGAUGGCUGGCUCUGUUGAUAUGGUCGGUGGCGGAGGCCGUUCGGAAAAGGUGAAGGUCGCCGCGACCUGUUUGCUUCUCGCGGCGGUGGGAAUAUCGCUGUGGGGACUGUAUUUCGGCGACGGAGAAGCGAAGCAAUGGCGGGGGAUGUUGAGAAGGAAGAAGAAGAAGGCAAUCAGGGUUUACAUGGACGGCUGCUUCGACAUGAUGCACUACGGGCACUGCAACGCCCUCCGCCAGGCGAGGGCUCUCGGCGACGAGCUGGUGGUCGGGGUGGUGAGCGACGCGGAGAUCAUAGCGAAUAAAGGUCCGCCUGUGACUCCUCACCAUGAGAGGAUGGUGAUGGUGAAGGCGGUGAAGUGGGUUGAUGAAGUUAUUGCAGACGCUCCUUAUGCAAUCACGGAGGAAUUCAUGAAAAAGCUGUUUGAAGAACACAGCAUCGACUAUAUUAUCCAUGGUGACGACCCAUGUGUUCUUCCCGAUGGGACAGAUGCCUAUGCCCUUGCCAAGAAGGCUGGCCGCUACAAACAGAUCAAGCGCACUGAAGGGGUGUCGACAACUGACAUAGUUGGACGGAUGCUGCUGUGUACGCGAGAAAGAUCCGUUUCUGAGACCCGCCAAAGUCAUUCAUCCCUGCAAAGACAAUUUAGCCACGGUCACAGUCAGAAAUUUGAAGAAGGUGGAACUGGCAGUGGCACUCGCGUUUCUCAUUUCCUCCCUACUUCUCGUAGAAUUGUUCAAUUUUCCAACGGAAAGGGCCCUGGUCCGCAUGCUCGGAUAGUUUACAUCGACGGCGCAUUUGACCUUUUUCAUGCUGGACACGUUGAGAUUCUCAGGAUUGCUCGAGGGCUUGGAGAUUUUCUUCUUGUUGGGAUUCAUAAUGACCAGACUGUCAGUGCCAAAAGGGGAACACAUCGUCCGAUCAUGAAUCUACAUGAAAGAAGCCUAAGUGUGUUGGCUUGUCGUUAUGUAGAUGAAGUGAUCAUUGGUGCUCCUUGGGAAAUUUCUAAAGACAUGAUCACAACAUUCAAUAUAUCUUCUGUUGUUCAUGGUACCGUGGCGGAGAACAACGACUUUGAAAAGGAAGAAAGCAACCCUUAUGCUGUUCCAAUCAGUAUGGGCAUCUUUAAAGUGCUGGAUAGCCCUCUCGAUAUUACAACGACCACAAUAAUUAAGAGGAUCGUAUCCAAUAAUGAAGCAUACCAGAAACGCAACGAAAAGAAGUCACAGAGUGAACGAAGGUAUUACGAGGAUAAGACUCAUGUAUCCGGCGACUGAACCAUAAUUGAUGCACAUUUCCUUUGCCUUGCUAGGGUCUUCUAAUCUGCAAGUGAGUCCUGAUACAGGUGUUUUUGUCCCACGGGAGGUAUUUGUUUGUAGAACUCCUUGUUGAGUGCAUUCAUAGAGAAAAUGCUGUUAGGGUAAGUACUGGAAGCUACAUGUUGGAGACAAAAUGGAAGUAGAACUUAAAUCUAGUUAUGUAGUUACUAUUAUUAUUACAGGCAUAGUGGUUGGUUCCUCAUAUUUCUUGUUUUAUAAUCUCUCUUACUCCCAAGGUGUUUAUUCCAUGGUUUACUAAAUCGUACAAUGACGUACAAUGCACUAGUUAUUCUGCUAACUUGAAGAUUCGUUAGUAU